AUGGCAGCCACCUCGCAGGUAGCGCCGAGGAAGAAUAGGAGAGAUAUUGGAUUUUCUCCAUUUGCUGCAAAUUUUGGCUUUGCUGAAAUUCUCACCCUGAACAAAUCAGUACACAAUCUUGAACUUAAACCAGUUUUCAGGUGGUUUUUUGGCAAAAUCCCCAGAGCCAAGGCAGAAGAAAUGCUUUGCAAUCAGAGGCAUGAUGGGGCCUUCCUAAUCCGAGAGAGCGAGAGUGCCCCUGGGGACUUCUCCCUGUCUGUCAAGUUUGGGAAUGAUGUCCAGCACUUCAAGGUGCUCCGCGAUGGGGCUGGGAAGUAUUUCCUGUGGGUGGUGAAGUUCAAUUCUCUGAAUGAGCUGGUAGAUUACCACAGAUCGACAUCCGUGUCCAGGAACCAGCAGAUAUUCCUGCGGGAUAUAGAGCAGGUGCCACAGCAGCCAAUGUAUGUCCAGGCACUGUUUGACUUUGACCCCCAGGAGGAUGGUGAGCUGGGCUUUCGCAGAGGAGACUUCAUCCAUGUCAUGGAUAACUCAGAUCCCAAUUGGUGCCACUGGCAGACCGUCAUGUUUCGUCGCAAUUACGUCACCCCAGUGAACCGGAACAUCUAA